UAAACAAGUUGUUAAGGUAUUGUAUUUUCCCUGAUUAAAUUAAAAUGGACAGGACAAGUCAAGAGAUUUUCUCUGACUUUGACAGCGACAAAGAUAGAUCAGGAGAAAAGAAAACAAGACGCGCCAGAAAAGUCGAUACGAAUUGGUCUGCCGAAAGAUGCCACAGUUUAAUUGCUUUGGUAGAAUCAAAGUCAAAUUUGUGGGACGUCGCACACACCGAUUACAAAAAUCGUAACAACCGGGAGAUUGCUUGGGAAGAAAUUUCAAAAAAAAUGAAUCUUCCGAAGGAUGAAGUUUCCAAUAAAUGGAAUCUUUUGCGCCAGCAAUUUCGUAAUGCUUAUAAUAAAGUGAAGAGAUCAAAAAAUGGCCAGGCUGCUGUUCCUCGGAAGCUACCAAAUCCUUUCUACAACAAAUUGUUAUUUCUACAGCCCAUUCUAAGUAUUGACUCUGGCAGUCGAACAAGUUAUAUAGUGAGAAAAGACUCAGAAGCGAGCUUGUCGCCGUUUGCCACUUCACCUCAAGUUGUCGAUUUUGAUCAAAGUUAUGAUGAUGAUUCGGACCCAUUGUCAUCGCCCUCUCCGUUCCAAUCACCGUCGUCAAAUUCGUCAUCGGUUCACCCGAAAUUGAAGCGCCGCAAAGUUGCUGAAACUAAUGGUCAUUGUAGCGCAUUGAUAAAACAGACAUGUGAUUAUUUGGUCAACGCAAAGGAUGAAGAUGAGUUCGAGCUCUGGGGCAAAUCUGUUGCGGCUACUUUGCGAAAUUAUCCAAAUGGCACUGCUGUGCGCAUGGCUAAAUCCAAAAUGAACCAAGUCAUGGCAUCUCUCGAAGCUGGAGAACUGGACGGAGUAUCAAUCUCUAGCGGUCGAUAUGCUAAAUUUUAAAAAUAAAUAAGACUUGUGCAAA